GCAGCGGAACCAAAGAGCUACCCGUUGUUGUUGUACACGGGAGGAAUAAAUGUGACAUUAGGUAGCUUCCUGUUUCCCGUCAUGUUUUUGUAUGCCACUCAUGUCUGAUGUUUGAACAUGGUUUGGUAUCUAAAGUAAGGCUUUCUGGUUAACUCUUAAGAAAUUGACACCCUGAAAUACAUUAUUUUGCUGUCGAACCGGAACGUGAAGUGUUUGUGGAACUACCUGGCCAGAAGUUGAAGGGUGAAAAGUUGAAACAUCAACUCAACGACCAGGCGACCAAGCGCUUAUCAUUUAUUGUAGCGUAACCUUGUUAUAGACAACUUGUGUUGUCAUUCGAUAGAAAUGUCACCACACAAAUAAAGUCCGUCAGUGUGAACGUAUCGAUCGCAACUGGUUGCUGCUGGGACAUAGUAACAUGACAUUAAAAUACAGUGUAUCGUCUCAGUCAGAGAUGUUGAAAAAUGGAAGAGAGGGUGGAAAGUACGAGAUGCAGCAUGACACGGGUUCGUCAGACAGUGAUUCGGGCAACAGCCUCUUCAUAACGCAGGCAGUUACACCAACUCUCCCUGAAAGGCGCAGACGACAUCGUGCUGCUUCACAGUCCAUCUCCUCUCCGUUCCACAUCCCUGACAGUGAAAAUGAAGAACUCGGUCAGCAUGUGCACCAUAGGGAAACCGAUGCCGGGCGUUCUAGACAAAAGAAAACAAAGUAUGGGAGACGGAUCAUUUCUUUUCCAUCCUUUCAAAAACCUGGUGAAGAAGCUACCUUGUCAGGGCAACAGCGACAGAUGUUUGUGAACUCCUCUAUUGGUGGAUUUUUCCAGUUCAUUGAGAAGCUUUCUAAAGCGGGAGAGGCAUCAGGAUUUUCAUCUGGAGAAAUUUCACAAUCAUCUGAUCUAGAAGAGGAGAAAGAGCAGGAUGGAGACAAUCAUCAGGACAUCAAAGUAGUGGAUGCCGCUUUGUUUUUUCCAAGGUUUCGCAGCAGAUGCAGGGAUGUGUGGGUGUGUAAAAAAAGUCAGGAAGCGGCAAUGAGAGAAUCAAAAACGAAACGUUGUCAUGCAAAGGACAACAAGAUAACAGUACACCCACAUACACCAACUGUGUCAGAAAGGCUGCCCCAACGAUCGGUACGGAGGUCUGCUGCACUACGGAAAAGCACCCCGAUUCUCGACAAUUAUGAACAAGACAAAAACAAGACAAGAAAAAACAAGACAAGAAAAAGGGAGAAUCCCUGCACCACACAAGUGUUGCAGACAUCACACACUGGGCAGGACCAUAGUGCCAGACAUGGUACACCUCAGCGCCCUCAUGCGUCUGCCAGAGUUGGAAAACUUAUUGAUUUCAUUGCUGGGUCAACCAGCGAUGAUGAAACUGAUAUUGAAGACGACAACUUUCGAAGACGCCCACUCUCAAUACAGAGACCUGGACAUGGUGGGUCAUUGCAUGGGCCAAGACAUGUGGACAGAUCAACAGACCGGUCAUGUGGCACUGUCUCUGUGAAUAAGAGGACAGGAGAUGGGGAGCCAUCCACAGUAACUCAAGUUUGUUCGGCCACACCUUCUUGCAGCAGAAAUAACGACGGGGAAUUGCGUGUACCACAGUCACCUGUGGCACCGACCGAAACGGAAACUUGUCCAGGCAGCGCUGUCGACGGUGAAGAUUUUCCACUACAAGUUCAUACAGGUGCAGCAUCUGAUCAAACUGGAGGUAUAGUUGAGGGUUCCAGUGUCCAUACGAAGUCACUUACGGAGACCAUAUUGAGCGACGCCACCGCCACUGUAGGAGUUGUGCCAUUUGAUGAUGAUGAAAGUCAGUCUCUGUUAGGCCCACAGGCAUUGUGGAAUAAAGAAGUGGGGGAGAAAAUUACCUCUUGUGAAAGUUUUCAGGGAGCCACAAGUAUCCCCGCAGCUCACCACAGAACUGAAAUGCACAAGACAAAGGAUGACACAUUCCAAAAUAAAACUGAUGCAGAAGCUUCAGUAUUCUCAAAGGGCAAAUCACAUACAGGAGGUAGCGUUCUGCAGACAAAUAAUGGUCCCAGUACAACUGAAUUCAUAGAACAGUCAGAGAUACAUGAGCCUAGCUUAAAUCUUGACUCUGUCGAAAAAGGCAAAAAGUCGAGGGACGACGAGAAAAAUGAACCUCGUUCAGCAAACGAGCAUAGUACUCACAAUGGCAGCAGUAUUUUACAGGACCCCAUUCCCAGCCCUAGUUCUGGAACUGAAGGCGAGACAUCAUCUUUAAAGAUGAAAAAGGCCAAUCACAAAAAUAAACAGAAUUCAACCCACAGUCUGCUGAUUGGGAACAAUGAGGAGUCAUCUCAGGAAUCCGUGUUAUCAUCUGACACACUGAACAUCCCCAAAAAGAAAAAUAAACAGAAGAAGAAGGAUAAGAAGGAGGACACUAAAUCAAUCAGUGCCGCGGAGGAACGUCCUCCCCUCGAAGAUGAGUGCAGUUCAACUCAGCAGAGUCAUGUCGGAGUCAGAGAAGGUCACAAAGAAAAAGGCAAGAAAAAGAGCAAUUCGUGGUUGGUGUCUGGUGUUGAUCUCCACAAUGAAACCAACACUGACACACAUCAGGCAGAAUCAGAGACUUGUCUCUCCCCUGUUAGCCACAAGAAAAAAAAGAAAAAGAAAUCAAGGGAUGAGAUGCCAAGUGAGGUGACACUUGAAGACACAAAUGUAACUGUUGGUUUCGCUCCAGAGAAAGGAUCUGUUGCUACAGCUAGACUGUUAACCGAUAAGCUUUCAAAUGACACCACAGUUCUAUCUGAGCACGAGGAGUGUCCUGCUUUGUUAACAUCUGAAAAGAAGAAAAAGAAGAAAAAAUCAAAACAAAAAGAGUCCGGCGAUAAAGAGGAUGGAACAUUGCUAUCUGCGCUAAUGGAACCCAUUUUGACGGCAGAGGAGGAUCCACAGCCAAAGAAAAAGAAUAAAAAGAAAGAGCCCCAGGAACAUGCAACAGUAGACCAAGCGCAGCACAGUGGCCUGACCCAAGCACAGAGUCUUCCUGUGCAGAGUGAGGGACAUAGAGUGGGAGAUAAACGGAAGAACACAGAUGACACAGUACAGACAGCUGAAGCACUACCUGCCAAGAAGAAAAAGAAAAAGCACAGGAUCCAAGGUGAGCCAAACUCAGAAACCAUAAAAGAGUUUGAUGAAAAUCAUUCUCAAGGUCACCUUGAUGUAGCAGAAAGGGAAGCUGCACUCCCACACCCACAGCCGACAUCUGACAAGGAGGGAAAGAAGAAAACGUCAAAUGAUCAACAUUACAGUGAGCAGGAUGAUGAAGACUUGCUAUCUAGGCUUAUUCCACCCAUCUCAACAGAUGAUGAUGAAGAUCCCCAACCGAAGAAAAAGAAGAAGAAAAAGAACAAAAAGAAGAAAGCAUGACAGUGGACAGAAAAAG